GAAAAUGGCUUACUUUUUAAGUUAAAAAUCGGAAGUGAGAAGGAGAGAGCAGGAGAGGCAGAGCGAGAGAGCGCCCCUCUGGAGUCGACCUUUGGAGUGCGCGACGACGGAGAUUUUGCCCUUUUUACUUCUGUUGAAGAACUUAACAUCAAUGGCUUCAGCCGAUGUUGGACAAAAUGUCAGUCUGCAUGAGCACUAUAUGUUGGGCGAUGGGAAAGGAAUCGAGAGUGUGGAAAAAAGUGAAGUUAAGAUCCUAGUAGAUUCGGCUUCUGAGAAUGUUGUAACUGAGAAGACCGAGGAAACACCUGCUGUUACAAAAGAAGCCACAGAAGCUGCUCCGACUGCAGCUGAAGAAAUUAUUGAGGUCACCUCUGCUGCAAGUCAUGAAGCUACUCCUGCUGCCAAAGACAUCAGUGAAGCUACCCCAGAUGCUGCUGAAGAAAGCAGCAACAAUGUUGAAGAGGAAAACUCGGGUGAUCUAGAAGUUGAACACACAUCGGAAAUAAAACUUGAGACAGCACCAGCAGAUUUCCGUUUCCCGAGUACCAACCAAACAAGGCAUUGCUUUACCCGUUACAUUGAAUAUCAUCGGUGCACUGCUGCAAAGGGGGAAGGGGCUACUGAGUGUGAUAAGUUUGCAAAAUUUUAUCGUUCUCUUUGUCCUGCUGAAUGGGUAGAGAGAUGGAACGAACAAAGGGAGAAUGGCACCUUUCCAGGUCCUCUGUAGAUGGUGCCCUUAUAAAAAAGUUCCAAAUCCAGUUUCUUUCUUGCCAUUUUUAUAUCCAAGUUGCCAUUGAUUCCGCCAGAUGAAUUUCCUGGCAUAGAAUGGAACAGGACUGUGAGUGAAACUACUACUUGAGUGAUUCAAGUUAAUAAAAUUUUUGGCUAGGUCUGUUGGAGCUAGUUCUAAUCA